ACUGCGCGCGUGUUGUUUAAUGUUGCUAUUCGUACACUAAAAUGUUCGUCACGAAUAUCAUUAAAGAAUUUUACGAUUGCAUAUCGGGGAAGAGAGUGCUGGUGUUGGUGCAUUCUGACCUGGAUGCCAUCUGCUCAGGCAAGAUACUGCAAGCUCUAUUCCGAGCUGAUCACAUUCUCUACACUCUUUGUCCAGUCCUCACAUUAUCAGAUCUACUUACAGCUGUUAAGAGUCAUAAAGAACAGAUAAGUUCAAUAAUUCUCAUCAAUUGUGGAGGAACUUUAGAUUUGGUUGAGUUCCUGGAAUUACCCCCACACAUCAAGGUAUUUCUUGCAGACACUCACCGUCCUCUCCAUGUUUGCAACAUUUACAGUGAUGAUCAGAUAAGGAUUUUGGGCCAGUUGGAUGAUGAUGAGGAAGUUCCUGCUUUUGGUGAUGUUUUCAGGGAUGAUGAGACAUCUGAGAGUGAGGAAGAGGAUGAAGAUGGUGUCAGCAGAAUAUCUGAAUCACGGUUAGAGAAGCAGCGGGAGCGGAGGCUGUGGGAACAGAAGCGCAACAAGCUACUUUUUGACUACUCACAGUUCUCCUACUUUGCUGGCUCGACUGCAACUUUGAUGUUUGAACUGGCAUGGAAGCUCUCCAAGGAUACCUCUGAUCUCCUGUGGCUGGCAAUUGUGUCUCUGAGUGGUGAGCAAUUAUGCAGUAUACGCGAGCAGCACAAGCUGGCAUUGUGUGCUGCAGAUCUCAACACUCACGUGGCUCGUCUGCACCACACCAACCAUACCGACACCACAGAGCCAGCCGCUGAUACCAUCACAUUCCAGAAAGACGUGCAGUUGUCACUCUACCGGCACUGGAGUUUGGUGGAGAGCAUGAGACAUUCGCCGCUCACAGCCACAUCUCUCAAGCUCUGGACUCACAAAGGAGAAAAGAAAAUGUUUGAGCUGCUCGCAGAAUUAGGGUUACCUCUCACUGAGUGUCGCCAGCUGUUUUGUGGCAUGGACGUCAAACUCAGGAGUGAAUUACCCACUUUACUAGAAGGCAAGGCAGAUAAGUACGGCCUGGGCGGGCUUGUGACGCCUUCGUUCUCGCGCAGUCACGUCUUCCACUCGCGCUGCAGCGCCAGCGACUUCGCGCACGCCGCUCUCGCGCUCCUCGAGCCGCCAUCCACCGACGGCCUGUCCAUGAGUCAUGCCUUUCUUGACGCUUCCGACUGCUUGAAUGGGUCUACGGUGUUCGCAAAGGGCAUUGCAAGCGCCAGGAAGCAGCUGGAGGCUGUGUACCGGCAGAUGCAGACGUUCCUUGAUAUGAAUCAAGUCAUCUCCGCUGGCCCCUUCCUCUAUGCCACCGUCCUGCAGGGCUCGCCGCUCGCCGCGUUCAUGAGCGGCCCUCACGUGCUGGGCGCUCUGGGGAGGUUCACGCUGGGUGCUCAUGUGAGCGCCUCUCGCAACAAGAAGGCGCGCUCGCUACCGCUGGUGCUCACCACGCCAGACUCCAGCCAGCCCCAGGACUGGUGCCUCGUGUGUGGCAUUCCGCCCCUCGCUGACACCUCACACAGGAAUUUUUUUGGCAAGGCGUUCGAGCAAGCUGUGUCCAAAACUCAGUCACGAGCCCAACUCGAAUUUUUCGACUCGCACGUUAUUCGGCUUCAUGUGGAAGACAGAAGCAAGUUUUUUGAUGCCCUCAUCUCCCUCCUGAGUUGAUGCACGAGAAGCUCCUCCAGUCUUGAACGCUCAUCACCUUUGUACUGUCGGCUGCUGCUGCUGCCUGUAGUUACCUCAUGUCUUGUGUGUGUCUGUAUACUUGCUUAAAGAGGGCGUGCUUGUUAUUAACUUAUUGCACUGACCACUCCUUAACGAAACGAGUACAAGGCUGCACUGUUUGACACUUUUUUUGGGGGCAUUUAUGAUGUUGCACUGUAGACUCCCUAACGAAACGAGUACAAGGCUGCACUGUUUGACACUCUUUUUGGGGGCAUUUAUGAUGUU